AUGACAUCCGCUUCGUUGGCGCAAGAACACGACGGGAUCUAUCAUCCGGUGGCGUUCGCCAGUCGCACCUUGAAGACGAACGAGUUGAAUUACAAUGUGACUAAGAAGGAGGUGUUGGGACUGCUGAGGAUCUUCGAUUUCUAUUACAAUUUGUUUGUUGGACGCGAGAUCCGGGUCCUGACCAGGCAUUCCACGUUGGCCUGGCUGUUCAAGGCGACGGGAUUACAGGGUCCCUUGGGUCAAUGGUCUGCCCUCCUGGCCCCAUGGACACUCGAGAUCGCAAAGUGCACGCAGGGUGAGGACGAGAUACUGGGGACGAUCGCUGCUAGCAUCACGAUCGACGACGCACUGGCCGAAAUCGCCCCCCCCCUCCCCGGAAAGAACCUAAACGCCGGAUCCAAGCGCCGAUACCCACCAUCCGCUAGAGUUAAGCGUGGUGGGGCGUUCAGCGCGAUCGUGUGGAGUCUACCCGGAUGGGAGGUGGUCAAGGCCAGAUCCGGCUAUCUCGAGAGCCUCACCGUGAACGAAGCUGAAUAUAACGGCCUGAUCUUGGGGCUCGACAUGCUAGAGAGCUUAGAUCGCAGACGUCUGGUGGUCUGCGGGGAUUCCAACCUAGUGAUCCGACAAGUAUGGGGUGAGAUCGACUGCAAAGCACCCGGACUGACUCUAUUGAAGGGGAAAGCCCUCGAUCGGCUGAGGAAAUGGAGUGCUCAUGAGUUGGUGUACGUCAAGAGGGACUGGAACGGAAGUGACCACAGUCUAGCAAGCGCCGCUUUGCUACGACAAGGGGGGAUCAAGGUCCAGGAGGAUCUGGUCAUUCUGAACCGGUUAGACGAAAUCUUGAUUCCCAAGACCGAUAAUCCAGUGGUGCGAGUUGCUGCGGUUACCACUCGAGCUGGCCGAGCGAGGUCACCGGCGGGUGUCAUGAAAGAGGAUCUGAUCCGGGAAAUCCGGGUCGAUCGGAUCAAGCAAGCCCAAGAGGAAGAAGGCUGGAUCGCCGGCAUGAAGAAGUAUCUGAGUGGCUCGAUCGCAGAUCUUACUCAAGCGGAAGCAAGAUCGUAUGGCAAGAUCGCCGCCGACUACGAGGUAGACGAGCAGGAUCUACUCUUUUACUGCCCUCCACGCCGAGAUCAGGGGACGAUCGCGACGGAUUGA